AUGGGACAGCAGUGCCUUCGACAAAAAGCUUUGUUGGGGUACCACCCAACGACCCAACGGAAGCAGCAGCAUAAGCCAAGGCACUCGAAUAAGAUCGUCGUGGUAAAGGAUGUGAAGCGGAACCGACGGUACGUCGAAACCAACAUCAACGGUGUGCCAGUGAACCUUCAACUGGAUUCUGGGUCCGACAUAACCAUCAUUUCUAAACAAAAUUGGAUCGAAGUCGGGGCACCACAUCCGUCACCGUCCGACUGUCAAGUGCAGACUGCUUCGGGAAGCAGGCUUGCUAUCGAUGCGAUGUUCCGAGUCUCCAUCACCAUCGGCAAUACCCAACGGGAAGGCUCAGACUUGUUGGACGAGUUUGGCCUGUGGGACGUUCCAUUUUCGUCCUUCUGUAAGCUGGUCGACACCAAACAAGAAAACCAGCAGAUCGUCGAGUUGAGGGCCAUGUUUCCAGACGUUUUCACAGAACGCAUGGGCCUCUGUAAGAAAACGCAAGUACAUUCCACGCUCAAGGAGGGAGCUCAACCAGUAUUCAAGCCUAAGCGACCGGUAUCAUACGAUUGGGCAGCACCGAUUGUGGUGGUACGUAAGCCGGACCGUUCCGUCCGCAUUUGCGCCGAUUUUUCUACCGGCCUGAACAACGUGUUAGAGUCAAACAGAUAUCCUCUGCCCCUUCCGGAGGAUAUCUUCAAUCGAAUGGCAAAUUGCACUAUAUUCUGUCACAUCGACCUGUCCAACGCUUAUCUACUAGUUCCCGUAGACGAGGAAAGUCGCAAAUUGAUUAAUAUCAAUACCCACAAAGGACUGUACCGGUUCAACCGUUUCUCACCCGGAAUCAAAAGCGCACCGGGAGCGUUCCAACAGAUCAUGGACACGAUGCUAUCCGGCAUCGAAUGUACGUCACCCUACCUUGACGACAUCUUGAUCGGUGGCCGGAAUGCGGAGGAACAUAGACGAAAUUUACAUUUAGUCCUGCAACGCAUCCAGGAGUAUGGGUUCACCGUGAAGAUCGAAAAAUGUCGGUUCUUCAUGCACCAAGUUAAAUACUUGGGCCAACUUCUGGAUUCCGAGGGCAUACGCCCUGAUCCAGAUAAGGUGAAGGCAAUAAUCAACAUGCCUCCGCCAAACUAUGUACCCACCCUGAGAUCCUAUUUAGGGGCGAUUAAUUAUUACGGCAAAUACAUCCGAGAGAUGCGGAAACUUCGCCAACCGCUGGAUGAGCUCCUCAAGGAGGGGGCCAGUUUCCAGUGGAUAGAUGCAUGUCAACGUUCAUUCAACCGUUUCAAAGAAGUUUUGCAAUCACCCCUCAUGCUGACUCACUACAAUCCUCGCCGAACAAUAGUAGUGUCAGCAGACGCAUCAAAUGUGGGAAUAGGCGCCCGCAUUGCUCAUAGAUUCCCCGAAGGGUCGGAAAAGGCAGUAUACCAUGCAUCCCGGAGUCUGACUCCAGCCGAAUCCCGCUAUAGUCAGAUCGAGAAAGAGGCGUUGGGCCUCGUAUACGCCGUAACAAAGUUCCAUAGAAUGAUCUACGGCAGACAUUUCAUCCUGCAGACGGACCACAAGCCUCUUGUGGCCAUUUUCGGCUCGAAACAAGGGAUUCCACCUUACACCGCCAACCGUCUCCAAAGAUGGCCACGUAAGGCCGAAGAGGACUACGUGAUUGCGUCCCUCGAAGUGGAACACGUGAUCUGCAACAUCGUCAGUCAAUCCAUCGAGUAUCUUCCUGUUUCAUACAAAAUGAUAACAGCCGAGACUACGAAAGAUGAGACGUUGCAGCAAGCUCUGAAAUACGUCAUCAACGGUUGGCCUAACGAUAAGAAAACCAUCUCGGAAGGAUCGGAAGUUCAGCAAUUUUUCGCACGACGUGAAUCUUUGUACGCAGCCCAAAAAGUCCUGAUGUACGGAGAGCGGAUUAGGGUCCACGUGGAUUUUGCGGGGCCAAUUGACGGAAUGUAUUAUCUCCUGCUAGUGGAUUCACUAUCCAAAUGGCCAGAAGUUAUCCCUACAAUGUCAAUAACAUCGGCAGCAACGAUCGCUAUUCUACGCCAGAUCUUCAGUCGAUUUGGUGUGCCGGAAGUUCUAGUUGCCGACAACGGAUCGCAGCUUUGCAAAUCCCCCGCAGAAGCAUUGAUAGGAAGACCACUGAGGACAUCGUUUGAAUUACUUCGUCCACCCAGUAAGUUCAACAAAAACAACAGCCUCAAGCAGAACCAGCAGUUCAAUACGAAACACGGAGCCAAGGAGAAGUGCUUCGACGUCCAGGACCAGGUGUACACCGAGACAACGAUUGGAACUGGCCACAGCAAUCAAAUGCGAAAACGCUACGGAAGUGAAGUACCAAAGAUGUCUGAAACAGAUCCGUCCAUUUCGCUUGAUAUCCUGCUAGGUUCGUGGGGAUUGAAUCCGUCGAAUCCUAGUGCCGCUCCAGAGGAAGUGAUACCACCAGCCGAACCUGAAGAGCUUAACGAAAUCCAGCGAGGAUUCAUGCAAGGCUCAUUGAACCACCAGCUACGCAUCGGCGAGCUCGUGGAUCCGUUCGACAACCUGAUCCUGAGGAUGUGA